AUGGCUGGAGGUGCUAGUGGCCCCUCGGCCUACCCUUUGCUCUUUGCAAAGCGGACCAAGCUCAACCAGGAGGCGACGACCUACUUCGCCAUCGCCCUGGCUGCUCUUAUGGGCAUCUUCAUCGUCUUUCACCUUGGUCGUCGUGGUGCUUCCAAGGCUGGUCUUCCUACAAAGAUGUCUGGUCUGGCAAAGCCGUUCCUCUUUGUGUCCCGAUCCAUCCGAAGAGUCACCGUCUACAAGUUCCCUGCUUUGCCGUCCACCGGCCACUUCGUCGUCGCCCUCGGAUAUCUCGUAAUCAACAUCGCCCUGCUGUUCACCCACAUCGACGCCUCCGCUCUUCCGUAUCUCACAGUCAUUGCGGCUCGUGCAGGAUGGCUGUCCAUCGCCAACAUCGCUUUCGUGGUCUUUCUUAGUCUGAAGAACACUCCUCUCGGCUUCUUGACCGCCUGGUCCUACGAGCGGCUCAAUGUCCUCCAUCAAAUCGCCGGGUACAUCACCAUGGUUCUCAUCGUUGUACACGGUGCAACGUACUCCGCCUACUUCAUCGAGGCUGGUAACAUGGCACGCCUUCGUGUUGCUGAGGAAAUCUACGGCAUUGCUUCCGGAUUUACUUUCCUCGCCCUUGUGCUCGCCGGCGCAAUCGUCCGCCUCUGGUACUACGAACUGUUCUACAUUCUUCAUGUAUCCUUCUUCGCCAUCUCGAUGGUUCUCGUCGGCCUUCACCAGCCAGAGCUAAGCAAGAAGAUCGUCAUCAUCACGGCUGUUGCUUCCGGUAUCUGGGUCGCCGACCGCGUUGUGAGAUUCGCCCGUGUUGUGCUUUACAGCUUCAACAACAACGCAACCGUCUACCCGCUUCCCCACGGCGGCACUCGCAUCAUCCUCAAGAAGGCCCCCAUUGGAGCUAGUUCUGGAGAGCAUUGUUUCCUCUGGGUCCCCAAGAUCCGCGCUCUGGAGAUGCACCCUUUCACGAUUGCCGCCACCAACCCGCUGGAGUUUGUCAUCAACUCAUACGACGGCUUCACCCGCGAGCUCCACGAACACGCAGUCCAGAACCCCGGUGCUACCCUCAAGGCUUCGGUUGAAGGCUCCUAUGGAACGUUCCCCAACCCGGCCGAGUAUAACAAGAUCAUCCUCGUCGCCGGAGGUAGCGGAGCCAGCUUCACUGUCGGCACAGUCCUCAACCUGCUCAAGAAGGUUGCACAGGGAUCUAUGCCGAGUGUCACUUUUGUCUGGAUGGUCAAGGAUCCUGCUCGCCUUGAAUGGUUCGCCGGUCACCUCUCCACGAUUCGUCAGGCCCUCGGUGCCAACAUCCAACUGUACGUCACCCGCGCGCCUGGAAGCCAGGACUCUUCCCAAAACCCCGGCUCUUCCAAGGAGGACCGCUCCCGCUCGGGCACCAUCUCGUCUGAGGCCUCGACACCCUUCACUCCUUCAUCUGAGAAGUUCGAGACCACCAACGGCGUUCCCCAGCAGCCCCCCAGAAUCAACACUCGCGCCGUAUCUGAUCCCGAGAAGUCCGGCUUUGAGUCUGAUGCAACUUCGCCUUCGUCUCCCACCAUCCAGCAGAACGGAGUUACAAACAGCUUGAGCGGUAUCCCUGUCCACUAUGGCCGCCCCGACGUCGCCAAGAUUAUCCAGAACGCCAUCGACGAGACCCCCUCCGACCAGCGAGUUCUCGUUAUGGGCUGUGGUCCUGAGAGCCUCAUGACGCAAGUCCGCAACACGACUGCCGGGUGCAUCCGCACAUCUGGUCCCGCCGUCGAGCUUCACUGUGAGCAGUUUGGUUGGUAA